AUGGGUGAUCCAAACAGCAGUGACUCUUUGAUAGUUCAUUACAAACAGAUGAUUCAUGGCACUGAUACGAUGUUCGAAGAUUGCGAAAUGAUGCUUGGUAGCAAUGAGAUGGCUGAUGACUGUCAGAUAAUUAGUGGUGACACGAUGGGUCAUGGUAGCGAAAUGAUCCUUGAUUACAAGGUGGUCGACAUCCAUGAUAACAAGACGGCUCACGACAGCAACAUGUUCCCUGGUAGCAAGAUGGAUCAUGGUUAUGAGAUGAUCCAAUAUGAUCAAAUGGUCCUCCAUGGUAGUGAGAUGGUUCAAGAUAAUGAGAUGCCUAUUGGUAAUGACACUGAUAAGGUGACACCACCAACUUCGUCAAGGCGCCGAAGAAAGAAGUCCAUGGUCUGGGAGCAUUUCACUAUUGAAGAGUCUGAGGGAUGCACAAAAGCAUGCUGCAACCACUGCAAAGGAAUCUUCGCAUACAGUUCUGGCUCAAAAAUGGCUGGCACUAGCCAUCUGAAGAGGCACAUUACCCUGGGUCAUUGUCCUGUGAUCAAAGGUCAAGAACCUUCAGCAGGAGACACAGACAAUGGUGGUCAGGGUAACAUAGUUAAGCCUUCUAAGAGGAGCCGCACAUGUGCUGGCUAUGGAAAUGCUUCAUUCAAUCCAGACCUUAGUUCAUCAUAUCUGGCGAAGAUGAUCAUUCUGCAUGACUAUCCUCUACAUGUUGUUCAGCAGCCAACCUUCAUAUCCUUUAUUGAGGGCCUGCAGCCCCAUUUCAAGGUGGGGAAUACAGAUGCGAUGGAGGCAGAGGUUUAUGCAAUUUAUCUGAAUGAAAGGGAUAACUUGCUCAAGGAAGUUGGAAAUAUUCCAGGAAGGAUAACUUGCACAAUAUGA